CGAAAGCGUCGGCGAGAAAAGGAGGAGAACAAAUGGACGGAAGCCGAAAUCAAAACUGUGCUGUGCUAUAUGCAGGAACACCGAAACAUCGAGGCGAGUUUUCGACACAUUAGUUAUUUAUUUUGUUUUAAUUACAUAUCCUUUAAUUUCAGUAACCAACAGCGAAAAUAUAUUAUAGCAAGUUGCUUGCAGUAACAAAAAUUGAAGCGACAUGGAACAUUCUUAAAUGUAAGGUUAGGUAUUUAAAGAGCCAAAUAAAAUCGGCAGAACACUGGCUAAAUUCCACGGGCGCUGGAGUAGAGGAUAGCGAUGUGGAGCUGACUGUUAUGGAUAAAGUGCUUAAAAGUUGUCCGCACUACAAACAAUUAGCGGACAUUUUUGCUACGGAGAGGGAAGCUGAGGUGGUGGUAAUGAGCUCCUCUGCAAUGGAACUCGACCCUGUGGAAAAUGUUGUAGAUAAUUUGGAAGACCCGCAGGACGAACACGACAUUUCUGAAUUGGCAUCUGGCUCAUCUGCGGCCAGACCGUUUGCCAAAAAAAUUAAGGCCAACCACCAAAACACCGCCAUUGAUAGGCUGGCUACACUAGAAGCUGAGCGAAGGAGCUUUCGAGAAAAACAGCUUCAAUUUGAAAUUGAAAAAUUCAAUUGGAAGAGGCAAGUUGAAACAAACAAACAUGAAAAUGAAAAGAAGAUCGAAUACGAUUUCCAACUCAAAAAAAUGGAGUUGGAGCAAAAUGAAAGAAUAAGAAAAUUGGAAAUAGAAAUGAAAUAUAACAAGUAAGGAAGGGCUAAGUUCGGGUGUAACCGAACAUUUUAUACUCUCGCAAUUUAAUGAUGUAAUUUUAUAAAGAUAACACAAGUCGAACCAUAUAUUUGGUAUAAAGUUCAAUAGAAUAACGAAAAUCAUCAUAAAUAGUAUAUGGGGACUGAGGUAAUUCCUAAACCGAUUUCACUCGUUUUCACCACCAAGAUACAAUGUAUCGAUGACUAUACGCUCACUUACUUUAAUAUUACUUAUAAUUAGGUAUAUGGGAUCUGGGGGAAGUUAUGACCCGAUUUUUACCAUUUUAGGUACAGAGAGAAACUAUUAUAAGAAAAAAAUUCAGAGGGAAUGAAUUACAUUAAAAUAUCUGAGGGAUUUACCUAUAUUUUCGGUGAAAAAUUAUUCUUAGGCACCGAGUUCUUCAUGUUCGAUAUCAUGUUCCACAAGUGAUGUCACAGCUCAAAUACAGUAUUUGUGUAAAGUUUUAUUCCGCUAGCUUCAUUGGUUCCUUAUGAAUACAUUAUAAAGUGAACGAAUCUGAUGGAAUUCAAAAUUGAGUUAUAUGGGAAGUAGACGUAGUUAUGAACCGAUUUCGCCCAUAUUCCACCCGUGUCAUCAGGGUGUCAAGAAAGUGUUAU